UUUGACCACAAUCUCUCUCUCUCUCUCUCUCUCUCUCAUCCUGACAAUAUAUAUAAUAUAAUGAAACUAUCAUAAUUUAUCUCUUGCUUAUCCCAAUACUAAGCAAACAAUGGCCAACAUUAAAAACCCCAACUCACUACUCUUGCUACCCUUCACCCUAGUUUGUGCAGCAUAUGUUAUUCAAGGUGUUGCAGGGUCUAAAAGUGUAGUAGUAGUUCCUCUUGAUCAAAUGGUCUAUGACUCCUCUCUACCAGGGGGACAACUACAUUUGCAGGGCAGUGGCAAAGAUUGGAUGAAGAGGAGUUCAAGAAGAUCAAUGAUUGGAUCAACAGCGCCAACGUGCACUUACAAUGAAUGCAGAGGGUGUAAGUAUAAAUGCAGAGCUGAGCAAGUUCCAGUGGAGGGGAACGACCUCAUCAAUAGCCCAUACCACUACAAAUGUGUUUGCCAUAGGUAAUUUUUCAGAGCUAGGGAAGUACAAGUUUGAGAUAAGUGAAUUUUGGUUCGGAUUAUGAAAUUUUGGUGCAGAAUCAUAAACAACUCUAUAGCUCUCUUCCUUCUGUUUUCCACAUUAUUUUGUUAGUACUAGUAGUAGCUAAAUGAGUGUCCAAAUUUGCUGUUUUAGUAUCUUUCUGGUUUGAGAAUGCUGGACUGUGUAUUUGGGAUAUUUUCAGUUUUUUGUUAGUAUUUGUUUCUGUAUUUUGCUGCACAGAUUC